AUGUCUGAACUUUUUAAAUAAAUUACUUAAAAUGCUCAUAAUGGUUUAAGCGCAGAAGAAAAAGAUAAUAAUUUAAUUGAAUUUUCUUCUUAAGACUCUUUAAAUACUGAUAAUUCAUUUAAUUCUUCUAUUGAUGAUAAUAAAGAUGAAAAUUAUAUUAACUAAUUUUAAAAUUUAUAAUAAUAAAUUGAGGAAUUAUUUCAAUAAAAUCCAAGCCUAAAAGAAAAUAUGAAAUUCGACCAAGGAAUAAACUUAGAAUAAAAUUCUAAAAAUAUAACAAAUGAACCCACCAAUGAUAAUUUAGGUAAUAUAAAAAAAAAUCAUUUAAAUUAUCUAUAAAAAAUUAAAAAUUCAGAAUUAAAGUCAAAAACCUAAUUAUGGAAAAAUAUAGGUAGAAAUCUACUUAAAUAUCCUUAUCCGGAAUAAAAAGUUAAUUCAAUAGAAUUAAUAAAUCAUAGGUAUUUUAUUAUUUAUAUUUAUAUAUUUAAAAUAACGAUAGAUUAAAUAUAUACAAAUCGAAAGUAGAAUAUAUAGAUUAUUAGACAUUUUUACAAUCAACUAAAAGCAAUUAAGAUUAAAAUGAGAAUACUUAAGAAAAGUAGGAUUAAAAAAACCAAGAAAAAAACCAAAAAUAAAACGUUAAAGAUAAAAAAUAAGGGGAUUCACAGCAAUCUAAUAGUGAUGAGGAAUAAUAGGCUCCUGUUGAUUAAGAAAUCGAAUUUUAUUCUUAUAAAAAACGAUUAGAAAUGCAGGCAAAAGAUUUAAGGAAAAGACAAGAAGAAAUUAAAAAAAAAAAAAUCUUUUAAAAACAUAAAACUAUAAAUAUACAUAAUAUUGAUAAACCAUAAUUAACAAUAAUAAUAAUAAUAAUAAUAAUAAUAAUAAUAACAAUAAUAAUAAUAAUAAUAAUUUUAAACCAAAAUUGGAAAAUAAUUAUAUGAAGCUAUGAAAUAAUGUCAAGGAGAUAAAGAAAUUUUCAAAAAAAUUGCUAUUAAUAUAUUAAAAGAUUAUAAUAAAAAUAAAACUGCUUUAAUGAAAAUUAAAAAAAAUCCGCCUCAAUUUAUAAAGUUUACAACUGAAGCUAACAAAAGCUUAAAUUAAUAUUUGCCUGAUUUUAAUAUUAUUCCUUAAUUACAUAAUAAAAGUGACCCUUUGGAGGAAAUAAAAGAUUACAAACCUCCUUUGCUUUCAAAUGAAUAUUAAUUUAUUGAAAGUGUUUAAAAUAUGUUAAAUGGUGAUUUAUAUAGUUAUUGGAAAGAAUAAUAAAUUAACUGA